CUAGAAGUGGAUCACUUGCUGGAUCAAAUGGCAAUUCGGUUAAGAAGUUGUCUGAGACGAACCCGGCGAGACAUUUUCUUGGCUGCACUGGUAUUGGGCCUUCUGUACUUGGCAAGCACGCGUACUCAUGGCUGGCCCAGCGUGGAUCAUCGAAGAGAUUCCUCCGCGUACGCCGCCAUUGAAAGUCACGCUGAUACUCGUGUGCAUCAGACGCUAUCUGCAGCAACAUCCAGGAGCGAAAUUGCGAGCACCCCGACCAGCUUGUCAAACGCAACAACAGUGUGCACCCAUUUUGUCUUUCGGCCCUCCGACCCUUCGACCACGAAAGCGGCGAUCGAUUGUUUCCGAGCAAGGCCAAUACGCGUAGUACGAUUGUUUGCCACAGACCCGCAAACAACCACUUUGCUCUCGCACAAAACAGCACGCGGCUUUGAAAUGAACCUCAACAGGCAUCGCAUCAACAUUACCUUCCCGGUCGACUGGCAUAUGAAUCCUUUCAAGGAUCGAUCAUGGCGAAUGUGGUUGCAUUCGUUAAAAGACAUGAUCGGCCCUUCCCUCCGGGCAUACGAAAUGCACCCGGAGAAUCCCAGCUAUCUCCUCCUAGCCAAAGCAUUCGCCAUGGAUUGGUGUGGCAAGUUUGGACAUACUCGGCCCACACGGUGGGCAUCGCUGCCACCACCAUGGGUGGGCACAGCAGCGUUUGCCACGCGAGAGUACAUUUGGUAUGACAUGGCAGUCAGCUCCCGCGCAGUGUUGCUCAUGGGCUUGCUCCAUUUCGGCGCCCAUGCAGGUCCAGAAAUCAUGUCCGAGCACGAAUUCGCCGAGCUGGCGACUUGCCAGCGUGAACAAGCAUUGUUUCUCGCUGCACAAGACACCUACUUCUGGACCAAUCAUGGUCUAUUUGCAGACACGGCGCUGUUUCUGGUGUCGCAAUCCAUGCCCUGGAUUCAUCCGGACGGAAGCAACUGGACUGACGUAGCGGCCGUGCGGUUUGCGAAAAAUGUCGGAAACCUCAUAGACACCGCCUCUGGCGUGCACAAGGAACAUUCCGUGUCGUAUCAAGGGGCAAUGAUCAAUCUCAUCGCGCUGACCGACCAGUUGGGACUGCUCAAUCGCACAGCGCUCGGUUCCGACAUUCUCGUUCGUAUGCGACAAGCCUUGGGCUGGAUGCUCACGCCAGAUGAUGCCCAGCCCGUGCCAUUUGUCGGUGACACCUCCCUUGAAGAGUUUCUGAACGUUGCCAAGCCGCAGCAUGAAGAUGGCUUGGCGCCGCAGUCGUUCCCUCCGGUUGGCCUGGCGAUAGUGAAACAGCUCUCAACCCAGAGUCACUUGUUCAUGACGGCGUGGUUUUACUCGUGCACGCACAAGCAUGCAGACGAGCUGUCGUUUGUGCUGACCGAGUUUGGGCGCCAGCUGAUUGUCGAUCCAGGCAAGUUUGCACACGUGAAUACCGACCCAAACAGAAUGUACGCGCUCAGCCCACAAGCUCAUAAUGGCGUCACAGUAGACAAAUCACCUUAUACUGCCUGCCGCGAGUUUGGCAAACCGUACGGGUCGGCCAUUCGGUUGGCCACGACCCAUGACGGUUUUACCAUUUUUGCUGGCGACAAUCCGCUUCUGGCCACCCACCAAAGAGUCCACCACACUCGAAUUCUCGUCUACAAGCCAUCCAAGCUUUUGGUUGUCAUUGACCACCUGGAGCCGAACGACACAGAGACAAUGCAUUCUUACACGCGACGCUUCCAUUAUGCGGAAAACGUCGCGCUCGUGAAGGACGCCAACACUUCGAAGAGUUACAACGCGUACUUUGGGCCAAAGGGCGAUGGUGCGGACCCAGAGCUUGCCGCUAAGGUUGAGGACUGGUCGAGAACCGCCAACCAAACACGGCUCUCGCUGGUCAAAGCCCGCGUCAAGCCAGCAUUGCAAGGGUGGAUUUAUCCAUUGUUGCGAAAGCGCGUGCCUGCGUAUGUUUCAGAGCAGACAACGCCAGCUCGAGGAAGCAUCAUUCUAGUAACUGCCAUGAAAAUCGCGCGACCUGCAGGCCUGGACAGAUCGCCAGACCCUCUACCUUCUGCCAAAUUGCUCAAACCGGUGACCUGGCAGCGCAACAUCAUUGGCACACCCUUCUACAACAUUGAGCUGCAGCUCGAUGGCAUACCCUUCCGCAUGAAAGUGAAACCUUGAUGCUUGUCGGAGUUUGUUUGAAUCUUUGCAUAUAUUUUUUUUUUUACUUUCUUAUCGCGAUUCUGCCUUAUCGCACGCAUACCUCGUGACUGUCUUUUGUUGGCUCUAGUGCCAUGACGUAAGCGCGCUGAACUUGCGAGCGCACCUUGUGUCCGUUG